CAGGAAAAAAAAAAAAAAAAAAACGAGAAGCUUACGUCUCUUUCUUUCUCUCUCGCUUGAUGAGGAUACAAUCAUAAACCUGCCUGAAUCUGAACUCCCUCAAAUUUCAUUCAUAGUCAAGACAGUAGUGAUUCUAUACUUGCAAAUUGCAUAUUGCAAUUGCUUGAAUCGACCUUCAAUGGCGUCCAGCUCGGAGAUCUCAUUUGCUGGGACCUUCGCUAGCAGCGCCUUCGCAGCCUGUUUCGCCGAGCUUUGCACGGUUCCUUUAGACACUGCAAAAGUUAGGCUUCAGCUGCAGAGGAAAACAAACCUAGAGGAAGGAAUGGGUUUACCCAAAUACAGGGGCUUGUUGGGGACUCUUGCAACCAUUGCUAGGGAAGAAGGUUUACUGGCACUCUGGAAAGGUGUAGUACCCGGUUUGCAUCGUCAGUUUCUAUAUGGAGGCUUAAGAAUUGGAUUAUAUGAGCCAGUCAAGGUCUUCAUUUCUGGAGGUUUAUAUGUUGGAGAUGUUUCAAUAUUCAGCAAAAUUCUUGCUGCCCUUAUCACUGGUGCUUUGGCCAUAGCUAUUGCGAAUCCAACAGAUCUUGUUAAAGUUCGGCUUCAAGUUGAUGGCAGUUUGUUGGCAGGAGCUCCGACGCGCUAUGCAGGAGCCAUGGAUGCUUAUUUCACCAUAAUGAAGCAGGAAGGAGUGGCAGCUUUAUGGACAGGGAUUGGGCCUAAUAUUGCAAGGAAUGCUAUUAUAAAUGCAGCAGAACUGGCUAGUUAUGACCAUGUAAAAGAGACAGUUUUGAAAAUUCCAGGCUUUACAGACAAUGUCUUGACGCAUCUGCUAGCUGGCUUAGGUGCGGGUCUCUUUGCUGUGUGUAUUGGCUCUCCUGUUGAUGUGGUGAAGUCUAGAAUGAUGGGAGACACAGUAUUCAAAAGCACACUUGAUUGUUUCAUCAGAACUUUGAAAAAUGAGGGACCAUUUGCCUUCUAUAAGGGAUUUAUCCCAAAUUUUGGUAGACUCGGAUCAUGGAAUGUUAUCAUGUUUUUGACUCUGGAACAGGUGAAAAGGAAACUGAUGAGCUAGUUGAAAAAAGUAAAUAAAUAACUGAGUGAGUGAGCUUCAUGGAGAUAUCAUUACUCUAUAAAUUGCAACUCAUAUAUAGCUACCUACUGUUAUAAUUUGUUGACGCCAACGGCUCAAUGGCUGGUAAAAAUAUUAUAUUAAUUGGUUUUUUGAAUUUUAUUAUAUAACUAGAAUCAUACUCUAAAGGCAAUGUUUUGUAAAGGAUACAAGAAGUAUAACACUAUUGGUAAAUUAUAUCAAUAGUGUUUUUAUAUGUUGUUUUUUAAGAUUUUAUUAUUA